AUGAAUCGAACUUUCAAGUGGACGAGUGCGUUAGCUGUUAUAGCACUGACCCUAUCAUGGCUACACAACAUCCAGACCCGUCGAUUUGGUCUUGUUAAUCGCGAGAAGGCCAUAUACGCGACCUACCUCAGCAAACCCUCCGAAACCCUCAACUACCUCUCAGAAUUCCACAACUCCAGCGACCCAUACUUUGAUGCUGCCCGCAUUCUUACCUACCAGGUGCUGCACGCCCCCGAAACAAGGACGAGACUGGAUAUUGAAUUUGUCAUCUUCGUCCACGAGAAUGUUGACCCAGAGAAGAAGGACCGCCUGCGGCGCGACGGCGCCCAUCUCAUCGAGUGGAAAGAUUUCAGCGUGGACUGGGUGCGGCCGAAAGACGCACGGUGGACACAUAUCAUGACCAAACUACGCCUGUGGCAGAUGGUUCAGUACGAUCUGGUCCUCUUUCUGGACGUCGACACCGUCUUGAGUAGACCCCUGGAUGACAUCUUCAGUGCACCGGAAAUUUACUCGCGGGCGCCAGUUCUUAGCCAGUCCCACCACCACGAAAUAGAUGUGCCACCUCCAGGGAGCUAUUUCAUAGCUGGCCUACCUCAGCUGCGAACCAAUCAUUCGGCACACCCGUCGCGCGUCCCCGAAGAUUUCUGGGAUUGGUUUACCAUCAACUCCGGAUUUAUGGUGCUGAAACCAUCACUGGACGUGUUUCGAUACUUCGAAGCCGUCCUGAAAGUCACCAACAGCUUUGACGGCAGCAUCGGAGACCAAAGCGUGUUGAACCAUGUAUUUUCCCCUUUUGGUCCAAUGCCAUGGGUAAAACUAAAUCUCACCUGGAAUAUCCAAUGGCCGUGCCCAGAAGAUAUUCGUUCGGGUGCCUAUGCGUCCUUUCACGAAAAAUGGUGGGCGCAGAUGCACUGGGAGACUAAUGCAUACUUUCUCUCCUGGUACUGGCGUAUGGUAGGCUACUAUGACAGCAUUGAGUAG